UUCAGUCUCAUCUGCGUCGCCGCGCUGCCAUACGAAAAAGGACGCUGGAGAACGCUCGCGCAAAACAUUUUCGGCGUUUUCUUUAUUAUUAUUAUUUAUUCAAAAAUAUAUUUUGUUCAAUUUAAAUGUAUAACAAAUCGUUUGCAAUUGGAUUUGAUCAUAUUUGGCCGCCUGUUAUGGAAUGGAAAAAUCGCUUGAAAAGGUGGCCCUGAAUAGCAGCAACGUAGCAACGGAAAGCAAUAUUAAGAGUAAAUUGUUAGCUAAUUUAAGUGCGGCAAACGCAACAACAACGAUAGCAGCAGGAAUAGCGGCUACAUCAACAGCAACAACAACAACAGCAACAACAGGAGUAGCAGCAACGACAACGGCAGCCACAAACCAAGCAUUGAAUUUCAAUAACAAAGUGAAGGCAACAGCAACGAAUAAUUUGCAAGGCAACAGUGCGAUUAAGAAGCAUACGAAAUUGAUUGGCGCUAGCAAAGCAAACGCUGGAAAUACAACGACAACAAACAACUCAACAGCGUCGGCUAGUAGCAGCAGCAGUAGCUCAUCAAAUUCAAGUGAAUCAAAGGACACAAACUUUGAAUACGAGGACGAGUGGAAUAUUGGCGGCAUACCAGAACUGCUGGAUGAUCUAGACGCUGACAUUGAAAAGUCGGCGGCGCAUUCGGGUGGUGGCAACCAAACGACUGCAACACCAACAGCACCAGCAGCAGCAGCAACAACAACAACGACAACGCUAAAUGCUAAACAAGCAAACAGCACAGCAGCAACAUCCUCAUCAUCAGCAACAGCAGCAGCAGCAGCGGCAGCUCACAAAUCGCACAAGACCACAUUGCAUAGCAAUUUGUCGGCCACAUCGCCAACCACAAUUAAGUUCACACGCCAGCCCAUUGCCAGCGGCAGCGCCAACGCAACGCCAGCAGCGGCAACAGCAACUAGCGGCAACACAAACAGCAACAACAACAGCAGCAGUAGCACUAACAGCUCAGCUGUGUUGUCUAGUAGCAAAGGUUCGUCCUCUUCCACGGGCAAACAUCAUCAUCAUCAUCAUCACCACCAUCAUCAUCAUCAUAGCACAGCUAGCAAAGGCUACAAAUCAGCACUAGUGGCACAACUAAACAGCCCUGGUCUAAAUCAUAACAACAACAACAACAAUCACCAACAAAACAAGAACAACAACAACACCAGCAACAACAACAACAGCAGCAGCAGUAGCAACAACAACAGCGCAGCCAACGCAGGCACCGGCAGCACAUUGUCCUCCUCGACAUUUGCCGGCUUCUCCAAAGGCGGCAACUUGGUCUCCUCCUGCGUUAGCCAGUCUUCCACUACAGCAGGCAGCAGCAGCAACAGCGGCGGCGGCAGCGGCAGUGGUCAGCAGCAAGCUAAACUCUCCGCUGGCGGUAUGUCCUCGCAAGCAGGCAGCAACUCUAGCAACAGCAACAACAACAGCAGCAGCGGCAACAGCAGCAGCAACAAUAAUAGCAGCGGGAACAACAACAGCAGCAGCAUAGGCAGCAAUACAAUUGGUGGCGCCACAGUCGGUGGCCAAAGUUCGCAAAGCGGCAGCGGUAAAUCGAGCGCAAAAAUGUCCAUUGAUCAUCAGGCAACGCUCGAUAAAGGACUCAAAAUGAAGAUCAAACGCACGAAGCCCGGCACCAAAAGUUCCGAGGCCAAACACGAGAUAGUCAAGGCCACAGAUCAACAGCAGCAACAGAACGGUGCAUUGGGCAACAGCAGCUCGAACAGCAGCAGCCAACAGGAGGACGGCGGCAGCAGCAGCACCAGCAGCAGCAGCGGCGGGGGCGGUGGUGGUGGCGGCAGCAGCAGCAGCAACAGCAGCAAUGUCAAUGCGUCUUCCCUCAACAACAAUUCAAGCAGCAGCAGCAGCAACAACUCGGGCAACUCUUCCGGCUCUAGUAGCAGCAGCAGCAGUGGCAGCAGCAGCAAAAAGCAUCUCAACAAUUCCAGCAGCAGCAGCAGUAGCAGCAGCAACAACAACAACAACAGCACUAACAACAGCAAUGCCAAUCCAAAUAAUACGCACGGCAGCAACAGCAGUAGCAGCAGCAACAACAACGCACAGUCAACGCCGCAGGGCAAUAAGCGAGGCAGCUCUGGUCAUAGGCGCGAGAAGACAAAGGAUAAGAACGCACAUUCCAAUCGCCUCAGCGUAGACAAAUCAGCUGCUUCGGCAGCUGGGGAAAAAGACACGCCCGAAAAGAAUGCCAGUAACAGCAGCAACAACAACAACAACAGCACCAGCAACAGCAAUUGUCAAUGCAAUGGAGACGUUGCAACGGGCUCAGCGCCGCCUUGCUCGCAUCAUGCCUGCAUACGACGUGGCAUGGGCAACAACAGCGGCAGCAACAGCAACAACUCCACGGCCACGGCUGUGCCACCGGGCGUAUUCACGCCUUCUGCCGGUUCGCCGACUGCUGUGGUCUCGGCGGCUGCCUCGCUGCUGGCUGCCACAACGGCGGCCAGCAAUGCCUCUCAGGCAGCUGCGGGCAAUGGCAGCGGCAGUGGAUUAAAUACUGGUGCUGCCAAUGCGCCUGGGCCGCCGGGCAAGGAUGCAAGCAUUAAAAUAUCCUCACACAUUGCCGCACAGCUGGCCGCAGCUGCAGCAUCGUCUAGCGGUGGCAGCAACAGCAAUGCCAGCAACAACAACAACAGCAACAACUACACGGGCAACCAAAGUGGGGCAGCUGCGGCAGGUGGAGCAAAUGCUGCAGCUGCCGCUGGCAGCAAUGCAGACAGCAAGGCGGCCAGCCUGGCACAGGCCAAGCUAAUGGCGCCCGGCAUGAUCUCAGCCACCAUGCACCAUACGAUUUCUGUGCCCGCCGGCAGCAGCAACAGCGGCGGUGGUGCUGCCGAUGAGGAGAGCAAAUCGCCGCCUGCUAAACGUGCCAAGCAUAGCGAGAACAGCAAGGACAUGGUCGACAUCUGCAUUGGCACCUCUGUGGGCACCAUCACCGAGCCGGAUUGCCUCGGCCCCUGUGAGCCGGGCACCUCGGUCACCCUCGAGGGCAUCGUGUGGCACGAGACCGAGGGCGGCGUGCUCGUCGUGAAUGUGACGUGGCGCGGCAAGACCUAUGUGGGCACCCUGCUCGACUGCACCCGCCACGAUUGGGCUCCUCCAAGAUUCUGUGAUUCACCAACUGAAGAAUUAGAUUCUCGAACUCCAAAGGGACGCGGCAAGCGCGGACGUAGCGCAGGCUUAACGCCCGAUCUGAGCAAUUUUACCGAAACCAGAAGCUCGAUCUAUUUCUCGCAUGCCCAGGUGCACUCGAAGCUGCGCAAUGGCGCUACCAAGGGACGUGGCGCGACGCGCAGCGCCACUGGCAAUGCGACCAAUAGCAGCAGCUCCUCGGGCAAUGGAGGCGGUGGUGGUGCCACGCCCAGCACCUCACCCACAGCAUUUCUGCCGCCACGGCCCGAGAAGCGUAAGUCGAAGGAUGAGGCGCCGUCGCCGCUCAACGGCGAGGGCGGUGACGGUGCCGGUGGCAUGGUGAGCAUGGUAAAUGCCAGCGGCAUUCCCAUCACGGCCAGCGGCGGUGGCCUGGCCACCCAGCCGCAGAGCGUGCUCAAUCCAGUGACCGGACUCAAUGUGCAAAUCAACACAAAGAAAUGUAAGACUGCCUCGCCCUGCGCGAUCUCACCGGUGCUGCUCGAGUGCCCCGAGCAGGACUGCAGCAAGAAGUACAAGCAUGCCAACGGGCUGCGCUAUCAUCAGUCGCACGCGCACGGCGCCAGCGGCAGCAGCAGCGGCGGCGGCGGUGUCAGCUCCAUGGACGAGGACUCCAUGCAGGCGCCCGAUGAGCCGGCAACGCCGCCAUCGCCGCUGCCAGCAGCAGCAGCAGCAGCGGCAGCAGCAGCAACAGCGGCAGCUAACGGAGCAGCUACAGCAACAGCACCACCAGCCACAACAGCAACAGCAGUAUUGCCUGCAGUCGCAGCAGCUGCAACAGCAGCGGCAGUGCCUGUCGCUGCUGCAGCAGCAGAUGCAAACAGCGCAGCAGCAAAUAGCACUCUACUGAAUGCUGCUGCAAGCGCAGCCACAGAUCCAGCUGUCGCUGCUGCGGCUGCUGCUGCUGCUGUGGCGGCACCAUUGCCAGUGUUGCCGCUGGUGGUUGCAGCGGCUGCCGCGCCACAGCCACCGCCAGCAGCGCCGGCACAAGCGCAGCCACAAACAGUGUUGCCGCCUGGUAGCAUGCCUGGCAGUCAACCGAUUGCUGGCGGCAGCAUCACAGCCGGCAUCUCCACACAGGCGCUGUCCCAGCAUCAGCUGCUGGGCGGACUCGUGGGCGCCGGACUACCAGCAAUGCUAUCCGAGCAGCAGCAGCAGGCGCUGCUACAGCAAGGCGCAUUAAAAGCGGGAGUCUUACGCUUUGGCCCACCUGAUGCGGCAGCCUUGCAACAACAGCAGCAGCAACAACAGCCACCGCCUGGCGUUAAUACGCAGCAAUCGCCGCCUGGACAGAGUCCACUGCGUCCGCCUAGUUUGGCGCAGGAUCCACAACAGCCACCCGCUGGCUAUGUGCCACAACAGCAACAGCAGCCGCCACCGGGCUUGAAGAGCUCGCCUGGCUUCGGACCCGCUUCGGUGGGAGCCAGCAGCAAGCAGAAGAAGAAUAGAAAGUCGCCUGGUCCGGGCGAUUUUGAUGGCAGCGUUUCGCGCGAGGAUGUGCAGAGUCCAGCGUACAGUGAUAUCUCAGAUGACUCCACGCCCGUUGCGGAGCCGGAGCUCCUGGACAAAUCGCAACCGAGCAAACAUAUUGAGCUGCUUGGCAAGAAACCCAGCGAGGUGGGCGUGCCACCAGCGCCAACGCCCAAUAUACCGCCCUCGCUGGCCGGCUAUGGCAUGUACCAGUUCUACCCGGCGGCACAGCAGCAACAGCAACAGCAGCAGCAGCAACAGCAGCAACAACAGCAACAGCAACAAUUGCAGCCGCCACCGCUGCCACAGCAACCGCAGCCGCAAUACAUGGUGCAACCCGGUCCGGAAGCACUGCAGCCAGGCAAGCAGCAGCAACAGCAGCUGCAACAGCCGGGUGCACCGCCAGCUACCUCACAGACGCCACAGUCGCAUCUGUUGGCGCCGCCCGCCCAGCAGGCCGUCGCGCAUCUGACCGAUUACAGCAACAAGAACAAGGAGCCGCCAUUGGAUCUAAUGACAAAGCCGCCAUCCCAGCCAGGCGGCCAACAGCAACAGCAGCCCGACAACAAUGGCAAGGACAACGGUCCACCCCCAUCGCAGCCGACACAGGUGCAGCCGCCGCCGGUUAAUCUCAGCGCUGUGGCUGGACCACCUGGUGGCUUGCCUCCUGGUAUUGCUGGGCUAACGGGUCUCGGAGGGCCAUCGCCGGCCAAAGCCCUGGGUCAUUUCUAUCCCUACAACUUCAUACCGCCGGGUUAUCCUUACAGCGUAGAUCCUAACUUUGGACCCGUUUCGAUUGUGGCCUCCGAGGAGGCGGCCAAGUUGGGCGGUCAUCCUGGUUUGCCGCCCAGCUCGCAGGCCCAGCAACAGCAACAGCAGCAGCAGCAACAGCUCGCCGGCAUUAGCAUUAAGGAGGAGCGCACCAAGGAGAGUCCCAGCCCGCAUGACAACCCGAAGCAUAUGCCGCCGCAACAGCAGCUGCUGGCCAACAAGCUAAUCAAACAGGAGCCGAUGAUCAAACAGGAGAUCAAACAGGAGCCCAAUACCAAUAUGGGUCAGCAGCCACCGCCGCCAACGCAUCAACAGCAGCAGCAACAACAACAGCAGCAACAGCAGCAGCCACCGCCACAGCCACAGCAGCCACAUGCAUUACAUCCAAAGGAUCUGCAGGCGCUGGGCGCUUAUCAUCCAAGCAUCUAUCAGCGGCAUUCCAUGAGCCUGGCAGCAGCAGCGCGCGAGGAUGAGCUGCGACGCUACUAUAUGUUCUCGGAUCAGCAGAGGCGUCAGAAUGCUGCGGCUGUAGCAGCGGCACAGAAUGCUUCCGGCAUGCAACCGCAUCCCGGAAUGCCACCACAGCAUAAAGACGAGUUAAGCUCGCAACAGCAGCAGCAACAACAACAGCAGCAGCAACAGCAACUAUCGCUAGCACAUCAGCAGCAAGCGUUGCAGCAACAUCACCAGCAUAUGCAACAGCAGGCGCAGCAGCAAGCGCAACAGCAACACCAGCAGCAACAGCAGCAGCAGCAACAACAGCAGCAGCAACAACAACAACAGCAGCAGCAACAGCAGCAACAACAACAACAGAAGCUUAAGCAAUCGCAAGCAGCCAGUGCCGCAGCCAAUAACAAGGCAACCAACCUGACCAAGGACUCGCCCAAGCAAAAGGGCAGCAGCGCAGGCGACGAUGAUCAACAGCAGCAGCAGCUGAAGGUGAAGCAGGAAGGACAGAAACCUACCAUGGAAACGCAAGGUCCCCCACCACCGCCCACAUCGCAGUACUUUUUGCAUCCCUCGUACAUUUCGCCAACGCCAUUUGGCUUCGAUCCCAAUCAUCCGAUGUAUCGUAAUGUGCUGAUGUCCGCAGCUGGGCCGUAUAAUGCGCCGCCGUAUCAUUUGCCCAUAACGCGCUAUCAUGCGCCCGAGGAUCUUUCACGGAAUACAGGCACCAAGGCGCUGGACGCACUACAUCAUGCGGCCAGCCAGUAUUAUACCACGCACAAGAUCCAUGAGCUGAGCGAACGUGCUCUCAAAUCUCCCACCAGCGCUAGCGGACCGGUCAAGGUCAGCGUCAGCAGCCCCAGCUUGGGUCUCCCACAACCGGGAGGUGGACCCGGCAACAGCGGGCCCGGCUCUGGGCCCAAUGUGCUGGGCGGCCAGGGUCCCAAUCAGCCCGGCUCGGCGCCAGGUGGUGGAGGUGGUGUUCCACUGAAUCUACAGCCACCACCUGGCAGUUUGGGCGGCCCGACGUCCAACAAACCCGAUAUGGCUGGCCAAAAGUCGCAUGGCGUGGCGCCAGGCGCUGCACUCGAUGCGCACAAACAGCCGCUACCUGGCGCGCCGCCCAUUGGCGCCGGUCCCGCGGGCAAUGGAGCUGUGGGAGUAGCCGGCGGUGGUGCCGGCAAUGGUGCUCCUGGUGGUGCUGGUGCCGCCGAUUCGCGCAGUCCUCCGCCGCAGCGACAUGUGCACACACACCAUCACACGCACGUGGGCCUCGGCUAUCCCAUGUACACGGCGCCCUAUGGAGCGGCCGUUUUGGCCAGCCAACAAGCGGCUGCAGUAGCUGUGAUAAAUCCAUUUCCGCCGGGUCCGACAAAAUGAGAACCACUGAAUGGCAGCAACGAGAAGAAAGCCUACAAUGUGAAGAACAACUAGCGGAAAACUGGAUCCGGAUCGAUAUCGAAACUGGAAGAGGCAGUGGUUGAUAAAUACCCAAAUGCAUUUGCUAUUAGCCCUGGGCGUGCGCACAUAAAUCAUAUAUAGCAUACAAAUAUAUAUAUUUAAUAUUUUUACAAACGUUACAAAAUAACA